AUGGCGAAACUGCAGAUCGAGUCACGGGAGCUUGGCCGCUUGCAGCGACUUCACCACCCAAACAUUCUCCGCCUGCUGGACACUUUCCGCAAGCGGGGGGGCGGUAAGGUCUGGUUGAUGCACGUCUUGGAACUCUGCCGUGGCGGCGACCUGAAGGAGUUCCUCGUGCGGCACGACCCGCUUUCUGAACAGCAGGCACGCCACAUUAUGCGACAGCUCGUCGAAUGUCUGUGCGUUCUGAAGCAAAACGGCGUGAUGCACCGAGAUCUAAAACCGGCGAACAUCCUGCUGACAAGCUCCAAUAUCGACGAGGCAGUUGUGAAGGUGGCCGACUGGGGUAUGGCUAAGAGCUGCAGCGGCAACGGCGAUGACGCGCUCGACGGCACCAACUUUGGUGGACUUUUUCAGUCCACCGUUGGGACAGUAGCAUACAUGUCUCCAGAGCGCCUCUCACGUGACUUCUACGACUUUCAGGCGGAGGUAUGGGCGGCUGGUGUCAUCAUGUAUGAACUACUAUUUGCUAGACACCCAUACUUGUGCCCAACCUCCUCUGUGCGCACACCAGAGGAGCUGCUAAACACUAUCACCCGCGCUGAAGAACUGGAGAUGACCGAAAACACUGGCGAUGCACAAUCCAAUACGAAUGUGACCAAUGCACAUUGCUCUCAGCAGCAAAAUGCGGAGACGAGACCCCUUUCGCACGAGUGCUACGAUUUGAUGCGGCAUAUGCUGGACGCGAACGCGACCACCCGCUAUACCAUUGAACAGGUGAAAGCCCAUCCGUGGUUUUUGCUCAAGGAGACGUGUAAUACAACAAUGGAUCUCCCUGCUGUUGAAGAGCAAACCGUGGAACCAACAUCAGCUGCUGACAUGCCAGGGGGAUCGAAAACUAUAUCAGCAGCGUUUGUAAGCGCAGAAUCCAUGACUGCAUCAGCACCUGUAGUGCCAGAAGUAGGAUCAGGAUCAGCGGUCGGUGGCGGAUAUAAGCAGCUUCUCUCCGCUGAAGAUGACGUGGAGUUCGGUCUUAAUCAAGGCCAAACGAAAAGCUGGAGUGCCACGCAGCGGCGACAGCUGUUUUAUCAAGCCCUCCGCGAGUACAUUUGCGUGCUACGGUGCAAUGCCAUAGAGGAGGAGAUUGACCCCGGUCGCGGCCUCAUACUCCUAUCGUACGCAUGGGAAAUGUUUCGUGUAGCGAUGAAGGCAGUACUAAUGGAGGAGAAUCCGACAGCUGACGCCACGGCGUGGGCCGAUUCGAUGGGUUGUGUGACACCGAGCGUAUGGGCCACUCAACACGGCAGCCUCCCAGAUGAUAUUCAGAUGAUCGAGUUGUACAUUCAGGAAACGGCGCAGCGGCUGAAGCGGAAUGUGCCCGCAUCCACAGGGAGACGUCGUCUUGGGGCUACGGCGAUGAGGUUCUCAACGACGAGCAUCGCGGGAACGGAGGCAUCAGGUGAAUCCUUCUCGCAGCCGUCGCCGAGGUCGUCGCAGUCGACGUACCCCACUGCGCAGAUGCUUAUCUUUCAGCGUGCCGUCUCUCUUAUUCGCGCGGCCGCAUCGGAGGAGCUCUUGCUCUACAACAAUAAUGAACAGUUCAGCUUCAUGGAGGAGGAGGAAGCACCGUCGCAGCGCGGGCGAUGUCGGGUGAAGCACAUGUAUGAGUAUGCCAUGUCGCUUCUGCGCCUGCUGCUGCAGCAGGUGGUCGUGCAGCGACCUGCGUUCGCGGUCCCCCUUGCUGCGGCUGCUGCUCCUGCCACUACAGGGGAGGUGACGGAGGCUGUGAUGGAGGAGAGCGGGUCAGUGCAGGUGCUGACAGUGCCGCUUGUCCCACUCACCGAUGAGGCCGACCGGCGCACAGUGGAGGCCCUGCUCUACAAGGUGGAGAGAUUCUACUGCCAAUUCAUCGUGAAGUAG